AUGCAAUGUGUUUCUACGAUUACGUUUGCGGUCUUCGCUAAUGGAACUGAACGAACAUCUUUUAGACCCUCUCGGGGACUCCGGCAAGGGGAUCCUCUUUCCCCUUAUUUAUUCAUUUUGGUGAUUGAGGUGUUGUCUAAACUUCUCCACAAAAGCUUGAGGGCCUUGGAAUUCUCGGGGAUUCAACCUACACGAACAUGCCCAACAUUGUCACACUUGUUCUUUGCAGAUGAUGCUCUCUUAUUCCUUCAAGCGAAUGUUAACCAAUGCCACAAAAUCCUUAAAGUCUUGGAUGUUUACAACACUGCCUCUGGUCAACGUAUUAAUUUUGGAAAAUCUGGUAUCCAAUUUUCUCAAAAUAUUGGAUUGGCUCUUAAACGUCAAAUCUGCGAUGUUAUGAAUAUUGUCCAAGUCAAAGAAGGAGCUACAUAUCUCGGGCUGCCCACUUGUUGGGGGAGAUCCAAAACAGAGGCCUAUAACUUGAUUGUGGAAAGGGUUCGUGAGAAACUUCAAGAAUGGAAGCUUAAGUUAUUAUCCCAUGCGGGCUGGGAAAUUCUCAUCAAAUCGGUUACUCAAUCUAUCCUCACCUUUGCGAUGGCUUGCUUCCUUUUUCCCAAGAAACUUUGUGCUGAAUUGAAUUCCUUGUUAAGUAAUUUUUGGUGGAAAGGCGAUCCGGAGAGUCGAGGCAUCCAUUGGGACUCGUGGGAUACAAUGUCCAUGUCAAAGCUUAAGGGAGGGAUGGAUUUCCGGAAUUUCAACUCAUUUAACAAAGCAUUGUUAGCUCGUCAGGGAUGGCAGUUGUGUAAGUAUCCUCACUCCUUGUGUGCUCAAUUUCUCAAGGGCUUGUACUACCCACACUCCGAUUUCUGGAAUGCUCGAAAAGGUACUAAGGCAUCGUGGGCUUGGGCAAGUAUUUUAGAGGGCCGUGAGGUGUUAAAUCGGGGGGUUCGAUGGCAGGUUUGCAAUGGGCAGUCCAUUGAUUUCUGGACUGAUAAAUGGGUUACUUCUUCUCCAAAUUUCCAUGUAAAAUCUCGUCCUCCUGCUGGUUGCUCUGUAUCCAAAGUGAAUGAGGCUAUCAAUCCUAAUACCAAAAGCUGGAACAAGGCUCUGUUGCAUAGAUUGGUUUCUUCGGAGGAGGCAGCUGGGAUCUGUGCGACCCCCAUCGCAAUUGUUAACCAAGCUGAUCGCUUAAUUUGGCACCAUGAUUUGAGAGGCAAUUUUUCAGUCAAGUCGGGUAUCGAGCGGAAUUCGAGCAUCAACAGUCUCAAGCCAUGUGCAACGGAUGCAUUAUGCCCCAUUUGCCAUAAGGAUACAGAAUCUGUGGAGCAUCUUUUAUGUGGGUGUGAAUGGACCCGAGCAGCCUGGUUUGGCAGCAGUUUAUCCAUUCCUUUUGCCGAAGGAACCAUUGGCUCAAUUCAACAAUGGACUUGCGAGGUGUAUCAGGCAAUCAAAAACAAGCAUGAUAGAGUGGAUUACGUGUGCAAGAUGCUUUGGUUGGCAUGGUACAUUUGGAAGAACAUGAACAACUUUGUUUUUAAUCAUCACCCCAUUGAUCCGGUGGCCACCAUUUUUGCAGCCGAGAAAAGCUUCUGUGAAUCAGCCAGUCACUUUAUACAUUCUCCUCAUUCCCCAAGCUUAUCCAGUCCUGCGAGAGAUGCUCCCAGGGCGUGGUCUCCCCCGCUGCCAGGAAGGUUCAAAGCCAAAUGUGAUGUGGCAAUUAAGCCCGACUCUUCGAGAGCAUACAUGGCUAUUUUAAUCCAAGAUUCUAAAGGCUCUCUCAUGGAUGGGGUAGUCCGAAUGGAGGAAGUGGGGUCAGUCAUGCAAGGCGAAGCUAUGGCAAUCAAAUGGGCAUGCCUUUUGACCCGAGAUCUCAACCUGUCUCAAGUGGAAAUUGUUAGUGACAACAAAGAAGUUAUUCGCUUAUGCGUCUCUAAGGAUGUUCCGCCUUGGAGUUGUGCUCCCAUCAUUGAGGACAUUUGCAGCUUAGCUAACCAAGGGUAA